AUGCGUCUCUCCCUCCGACCAGCAAACUCAGGCACAAUAAUCUGGUCGAUUGGAAGCGGCCCUGUUGAAGAAGAUCGCCGAAGGACAUGUUGGAGACUCGUGGUUUUGCGGGCGUGUGUGUUGCUGUUGGAGCAACGCGGGCGUGAAAGGCACCUUCCCAGGAUAUUCCAACAAUUUGAUAAUGCAGAAGGUUUUCUGUUUCUUCAGGAUUCCAUGGUUCUUAAUUAUUGGAAUCUUCUGCAGGCUGACAAGUCCAGGCUGUGGAUUACUAACAAAGUUCCCCAAUCUUGGGCGUCUGUCUCCAUCAAUAGUAAGAGCUCAGAAUGGUUUGUGAAGCAGGCAGCCAUGGUGAAGAAAGUUGUGGACACUCUCCCUGUGCACCUUCAGGUUAGUUAUAAAAAGGGAACCAGUGAAGAUGAACUCAUUAUCUGCAGCAGCGAGAUCUUUUAUGUUCCUCGCCGCUUCGUCGGUGACUUCACCGACCUUGCCGAACUUGUUGGGGACCUAAAUAUACACCAUAACGUUGCUGUACCGUUGUUUUUUAUAGCCAUGGAUUCUGAGCAGAAUUUUGACUCAGAUGCCCUGGCGAGAGUUGUCUAUGAGAAGGAAUUGCCAUCCAAUGGUUCUGCAUUGAGUCAUUAUAGGGCCAAAGCGCCGGCGGUGUACCCUCUGAAGGUGCAAAAUGAGCCAGAUUUUAUAAAGCUGGUGCAGGUCAUGGCUUCAGGUGACCCUCUGCUGAUGGAAUUGGUAUGAUUGCCUGAACCUGUUUU